AUGAAUACAGAAAAAGAUUUAGAAAUGUAUCAAAAUAAUGAUAAAGAUAAACAAGAAGAUGUUUUUCAGAAUCUUAGUUGCAUCUCCAAGGUUAAGGAAGAGGAAGUAAAUAAUCACAUAUCAACAGAGAAUAGAUCAUCACCUUUUUCUUUAGAAUUAGAAAGGAAAAGUACUUCCAAGUUCAACAAAUUUCAGGUUUGGAAAUUGUUCCAAGAUAAACACUUGGUUCCUUCUAGUAAAAGAAUCCAAAAUCCAAAUCAGAAUCCACAUGAUCUUUAUUUUCAGUGGAACAGUAAUAGAUCCUUGUCAAAAUUGCCAGAAAUUCCAGACCACUUACUUGACUUAUUGAGAACUAAACACCAUGGAAUUCAUAAAAUCACAAGUAAAGAUUCAUUAGAAUAUAUAUGGAAUGCAGAAUAUCUUAAGGACUUUUCAGAAAGAUUCAAAAUUACAAAUCCUCAUCCAGUACUUAUAAGUGAUUUUGGUUUUGUUGGUAUUAUGGUAGAUGAACAUGGUUGCAUAUUUAAGUGGAAUGAAAUGGAAAAAGAUAUGCAAUAUUUAGGGCCUGAUUUAAUAACUGGUAUCGAAAACCUUCUCUUUUAUCCUGAUAAUAUACUUUAUGAUGAGAUGAUAUCUGAUGAACCUGAAUUUGAAGAAGAGGAAGAAGGAGGAGAAGAAGUACCAAUGAAAGUAAUUAACCUGAGAAUGGGUACUAAAGGUAAUAAAGGAAAAAAAAAGAGAAAGAAUAGAAAGAAUAGAUCAAAAAAAAAAGAUAAGUUGACAUGUUUAAACACAUAUAUUUUAGCUUAG